AGCUCCUCAUACAGAAACUGAAAUUGGAGGUGAUGCUUGAAGGAAGCUAGGAGGUGAAGAUAAGGAAGACAGAGCAUUCCAGGCAUGGCGGACAGCCAUUUGUAGACAUGGAGACGGGAGAUGGGGUCCUCAUGUUUGAGGAAGAGCGAGUUGGCCAAUGUAGUUGGGCCAUUGAGUGCAUGGAGGGGAGUAAGAUGUCCAGAAACAGAGUGACCUCUGAGAAGUGAACGUUCACAGCCGAUAUGAACUUUUGAUCCUUGUGCUGACCAGUUACGAGUUUGGUGGUGUGGGCAGACCUCCUGUUCAUGAUGGCAUCAAGUGCGGAAAGCCAGCUGCAGAGGAUUAUCAGAGAUUUGCAAGAUGCUGUGGUUGAACUCAGCAAAGAAUUUAAGGAUGUCGGGGAGCCAAUUACAGAUGACAGCACCAACUUGCACAAGUUUUCCUACAAGCUUGAGUAUCUUUUACAGUUUGACCAAAAGGAGAAGGCCACUCUCCUAGGGAACAGGAAGGAUUACUGGGAUUACUUCUGUGACUGUCUGGCUAAGGUGAAAGGAGCAAAUGACGGCAUCCGCUUUGUCAAGUCUAUUUCAGAGCUCCGAACAUCUCUUGGGAAGGGCAGGGCAUUCAUACGUUAUUCUCUAGUACAUCAGAGACUGGCAGACACCUUGCAGCAAUGUCUCAUGAAUACCAAAGUGACCAGUGACUGGUACUAUGCAAGAAGCCCAUUCCUGAAGCCUAAAAUGAGCUCCGACAUUGUUGGCCAACUGUAUGAGCUCACAGAGGUCCAGUUUGAUCUGGCUUCCAGGGGUUAUGAUUUGGACGCCGGUUGGCCAACGUUUGCAAGGAGGACUCUGGCCUCCCUUGGAUCGUCAGCAUACUUGUGGAAACCCCCAAGUCGGAGUUCAAGUAUGAGCAGUCUGGUGAGCAGCUAUCUGCAGACUCAAGACUUGGCUUCCAGCUUUGAUGUGAACAGCUCCAUGAACGCAGAGGCCCUGGAAGGGUUCGAUGAAAUGCGUGUAGAGCUGGACCAUUUAGAGAUAAGGGAAAAGGAGCUUCAGGAUCGCCUGCAGCAGUUAGAGAGGGAGAACCAGGAACUGAGGAAGGCCGCGAGCCUCCAGGCAGAGCAGGAGAAGGGAAGAGGCCUGACAGAGGAGAAUGCCCGGCUAACCCAAAGGGUGGCCGAGCUCCAGAAGGAGUGUCUCAUCUCCCAGUCAACUCAGAGCACCCUGCAGGAGCUACAGGAGUGUCUGAAGACGUUGGAGCUGGGCACAGCUGAAAAUAAAAAGGAAUACCACUCAACCCUGCAACAUCUGGAGUCAAAAUUACAGCCCCUGGUGCAGCAGCUGGAGACGGCCUGGGCCGCCACCACCAUGAAAGACCAGUGCAUUGCUGACCUCCAGGCCAAGCUGGCCACGGCUGAGCAGAGGAACCUGGAGACAGUGGCGGAAGGAGACACAGUGAUGGACGUGAGGGGCCGGCAGGCAUCCGAUCAAGUCACCUUCUCCCAGGACCUCCAGGAUCUAGUGGAGAAGCAAGUGGUGGAGCUGGAGAGGCUGACCAAGGAGUUAAAACAGAAGGAGGAGGCCCACGGAGAGCUUGAGUCCAAGUUCAGCAUUUUGGCCACUAGCUCCCGAGAAGAAAACAGGAAGCUGCUCAGUGACCUGGAGGGCUUAGUCAAGGAGAUGGAGCCUUUACGGGAAGAACUGUCAUCAAAAGGGAAGGAAGUGACUGAUCUCCAGCUCCGGCUCACAGAAUCCCUGGCGAGCUCAAGGUCUCUUGAAAAGGAAUUGGAGGAGUUAAGAAAGGAAGAGAGGCUUCAUGGAGACGAGACCAAAUCCCUGACCAGGCAGCUCCAGCUCCUCGAAGCCCAGUUGUCCCAGGCGAACCAGCGUGUAAGCGAUCUGGAAGAGCAGCAGAAACAGCUGCUCAGUGACCGAGACCGUCUCCACCAGAAGGUGGGGGAGCUGGAAUACGUCACUGGGCAGCAGAGCCGGGAGCUUGGUGCUGCCGGGGACAAGAGCAAGGAGCUGACCUCGGGGGACUCCCUCCUGCUUCAGGCCGGGCAGAAACGGGGAGAGCAACGGAAGGGACCCCAGGAGGCCAGUGCCUCGUCGCAAUUGGGAGCGGCCCCGCUCCGGGGCCCGGGCGGCGAGGUGUCCGUCAGUGAGAAGGAGGAGGAGGAGCUCCAGGCGGGAAACAGGCAGCGGGAUGAGGAACUUCAGAGUGCCCUCCACAGAAACCAGAUCCUCGAGGACAAGCUCAAGGCCCUGCAGGUGGAUUACGAAGACCUGAGGCAGCGCGAGGCAGCUAUCAAGGGCUCCCUGGCUUCCCUGGAAGCAGAGCAGGCCAGCAUCCGCCACAUUGGUGACCAGAUGGAGAGGAGCCUCCUCGCCGUGAAGAAGGCCAAGGAGACCAUGAAGGCCCAGGUGGCUGAGAAGGAGGCGGCCGUCCAGAGCAAGGAGGGCGAGUGCCGGCAGCUGCGGGCAGAGGUGGAGAGGUAUCAGAGGCAAGUCAAGGCCCACGAGGAGGAGAUGAAGGGCCUGAGGAGCACGUGCCGGCAUCAGACCCAGCUGAUUGAGGGCCUCGGCCUAGAAAAGGGAAUGAUGGAGAAAACAGCCCAGCUGGAGCAAAGCCUGGACUGGGAGAAAGGGACCCAAGAGCCAGCUUCCCAUCUGGUGCUGAUGCAGAAGCAGCUGGAGAUCCACCAGAAUGAGGCCAGGAGGUCGCAGGCAGAGGUGGUCGAGCUCCGAACCAAGCUGCAAAGGGCCCUGGAAGGCCAGGAGAAGGCCCAGAGCCGGCUGGAGGUGGCGGAGACCCUCCUGGAGGAGAACAGAAGCCUGGUCCAGCAGCUGAAGGAGCAGAAUGAGGGCCUCAACAGGACUCACGUGCAGGAGCUGCUCCAGUGCACAGAGAGGGAGCACGUGCUGAAGGAGGAGAAGGACGGAGAGGCCCGGCAAAGGGCUGAGCGGGAGAGGCAGCUCCGGGAAGAGUUGUCCCGGGCCAAACAGGACACCGAGCUGGCCCAGCUGGAGCAUGCCGAGGUCCAGGAGCAGCUCCACCGGGCCAACACAGACAUGGCCGAGCUCGGCAUUCAGGUCUGUGCUCUGACGGCAGAGAAGGCGCAGGUCGGAGAGAAGCUUGCCCAGGCCUCCCAGAGGCUCGAGGAGGCUGAAGAGAGGGCUUCCAGGGAACGUGAAGGCCUCCAGCGGGAGUUGGAAGGGCUCAGGAAGGAAACGGAGAGCCUGCAGGAGAAACUGAAGGUGGCCCAGGAGAGUGCCCGCAUGCUGCCCAACCUGCAAAGCCAGCUGAGCCUGGUCGAGAAGCAAGCCCGGAGUUUGCGGGAGGCUGGUCAAGAAGAGCUCUCCACAGUGAAAUUCCAGAUGAGCACAGAGAUCAUGAACUGCCAAGCCAAGCUCAAGGCAGUGAGUGAAGAGUGUAAGAAUCUAAAGGGUCAACUGGAAGAAAAAGAUGGGCAGCUAAGGGCAGCCGAAGAGGAGACUGCAAAGCUGAAGGCUAUGGAAGCAGGUUUGGGGAAGGAAUUGGAGCGCUCAAUGGAACAACUGGCCAAGUACCAAGCUACUGUCAUAGCGAAGGAAGAGGAAGUCGCAGCCCUGAAUGCCAGUUUGGAAAGGAUGCAAAAGGAACUCAAAAAAUCAGAUGCAAAGGUCCAAGAACAUUGGGACAAGCUCAACCAGGAGAUGGCAGAUCGAGAAAAAAAUGAACAGCAGAUGCUAGCCAAUUUGGAUGAUCUGAACAAAACUAAGAAAUACCUUGAAGAACGGCUAAUAGAACUUCUCAAGGACAAGGAUGCUCUUUGGCAAAAAUCUGAUGCCCUGGAAUUCCAGCAAAAACUGAGUGCAGAAGAAAGGUGGCUUGGAGACACAGAGGUGAAUCACUGCUUGGAUUGUAAGAGGGAGUUCAGCUGGAUGACCCGGCGGCACCACUGCAGGAUAUGUGGUCGCAUCUUCUGUUAUUACUGCUGCAACAAUUAUGUCAUGGCCAAGCGCAGUGGCAAGAAGGAGCGCUGCUGCCGGGCCUGCUUCAGGAAGUACACGGAAGGGUCUGGCUCCCCAGACAGCUCUGGCUCAGCCGCCUCCCAGGGCGAGCUCCUCUCCUCUCCAUCCAUGUCCUCAGGUGACCUGGCGGCCGCAGUCAGAGCGGCACCUCCAGACUCCCGACCCCCCGAUGAUGCCGUGUUUGACAUCAUCACCGAUGAGGAAUUGUGCCAGAUACAGGAAUCCGGCUCCCUCCCCGAAACACCCACUGAAACGGAUUCCCUCGACCACAGCGUGGCCGAACAGGAUAGCACAUCUAACUCUUUAACACCUGAUGGCUCUGAAGACAUGCCGAUGGGUCAGGAUGCAGAGAUCUGCUUGCUGAAGUCUGGAGAGCUGAUGAUAAAAUUGCCCCUCACAGUGGAUGAGAUCUUGAAUUUUGGAGAAAGCAGCAGAGAGCUGUUUGUCAGAUCCAGCACUUACAGCAUCAUCCCGAUCACUGUGACAGAGACGGGCCUCACCAUCAGCUGGGUCUUCUCCUCUGAUCCCAAGAGCAUAUCAUUCAGUGUCGUCUUCCAAGAAUCUGAGCACGCUGCCCUGGAUCAGUGCAAGGUUCUAAUUCCCAUGAUCCGUUGCAAUUCCCACCGGGAGAACAUCAAAGGUCAGCUGAAGGUCAGGAACCCAGGGAUUUACAUCCUGAUAUUCGACAACACCUUCUCGAGGUUCAUCUCCAAAAAAGUCUUUUAUCAUCUGACAGUUGACUGGCCUGUGACCUACGACGGGACCGAUUUCCCAUAGAUUCGAACCCCCGUGAUCUUAACAGCUUCACUUUAUCCACGGAAACACUACUCUUAUUUAUGUAUCACAUAAACACUAAAGAAAAGAAAGCCUGGCAGCCCCUGACCCGCACAGUUUUAAACCUGGAGCAUCUCGGGCGUCCUCCCUGGAAGCUUCCGCUGUCUAGGAACACUCUGCUCUGUACUGUGUACAGAUGGCUGUUGGCUUGUACAGCUUGCUACAGCCCAGAGAUCUAUCUCUUCUAAUAUUUAAGGACCUCAGCCACAGCCUUUUGGGGGCUUAAGAUUAACACCCAACAAAUGUGAAUUUCCCAGAGGGAUUCACUUGAGUUUGCAAUACUUGGAUACUUAAAAGAGAUUGUCUCCUCUCUGGGCAGCUGUUUUUUAUACCUGCUGUUGUUUAUACCCAAGAAACCAGGAGGGCGCCUGUUUUAAAAAGCUGGGGUGGGAGAAAACCUGGGGGG